AUGGCACCAAUUUCCCAGAACCCCCCGUUGGCGAGUAUUCUUGUAGCCCGCUUUCUACGAACCAACAACUACGCCGAGACUCUUAAUGCAUUCAUCCGUGAAGCGGGAUUGCCCGCCAACGCGGGGCAAGUAACAGACCAGGAAGAAAACAACUGGACGAUCGAGAGCGUACUCGAGGAGAAGAAAGCCUUUGACCAGACUCAGCAUUUUGAACGCCAAGUGAAACCCCAGCUAACAAAACACACAGCACCCUCCAACCCCAAAAUCAUAGAAACACCAACAUCAUCAAACAUCCUCGCCUGCUCCGUUGACCCAUGGAGACACCCAAAAGGCAACGAAGACAACCAAGACACAUCAUCUCGUCUCAUAGCCACAGGCGCAGACAAACAACUCCACCUCUUCAAGACAGAACCCAACAAUGCCCUCCUCAGCUCACUUCCCGGACUCUCCGAGUCCCCAAUCCUAUCCUACGUCUCUAUCAGGAACGGCGAAUACGUCUGUCUAACCAACAUGUCCGGCCAACUCCUCUUACAAAGGGACGCCGAGAUCCUCGACAAAAGAAAAGACCACGCCAAAUACGCCGUGAAGGUAGUUGCAUUUGAAGACACUGACUUACCCCAACGACCUAUAUGGAUAGCCACAGCCGGGUGGGAUUCCAAGAUUCAUCUCUACCGGCUACGUCUCCCGGAGGUUGAAGGUGCCGAAGCAGACUUGGACUCAGACUCCGUGGCUAUUGGCGAGCCCAUCGCAUCCAUUGCUCUGGCUUCGAACCCAGAGUCGUUGCUCUUUGUCCAGCACCCUGAUACAAAGGAACUACUUCUACUUGUCUCUCGACGCGAUUCAACCCAUCUGUACUACUACCAGGUCCCACAGCAACAGCAACAGCACCAGGAACAGCCAUCCACACCAUACGAAUGCCCCCUCCUCGGCAAACAGAACCUCGCCCCCCAUUCCAACGCCUGGAUCGCUUUCUCCCCCUCCUGUCUCGCCCUCAGUCCCCAUGACCCAGGUCUCUUGGCCGUCGCCACCUCAACCCUACCGCAUAUGAAAGUGAUCAUUGUACGACUCCUGUUCCCAUCCACCGAUAGCUUGUUGGAUGCCAGGGAGCCAGAGACACAAGCUACGCAGGCUCUUGCGGCGCUGUCGCUGCAGAACCGGGAGGAUGCGGCCAUUGUGAUCCAGGCGAAUACGUUUGCGCCGCAGACGGCGUAUUCGACGCCGCAGGUGGUCUGGAGGCCGGAUGGGUCGGGGGUUUGGGUUAAUGGGGAUGAUGGGGUGAUUCGGGGGGUGGAGGGGAGGACUGGGAAGGUGGUGACGGUGUUGAAGGAGGGGCAUGUGGUUGGGUCGAAGAUUCGGACGAUUUGGGCGGGUUGGGUGGAUGUUGGGAGGGAUGGGGAUGUUGUUAGGGAGGAGUGGUUGGUUAGUGGGGGGUUUGAUAAGAGGAAUCAAAUAAGGGAAACAGUCACGAGAACCCCUCCGUCCAUGCACCCUCUCGCCACAGAGCAAAAGGUAGAGGGUGUUUGGUAA